AUGCCGGCCGAUCACCUUCUUAACACCGUCCUCGACCUCUUCCAGACCGUCCACGACACACACAAGACAGACCAAAUUAUCGGCACGACCGUAACCCUCCUCACCUCGCUCUCCAAUCCUCUCAACCUUGCCGUCCUCACGUCGCAGCUCCUCACAGCCCCCGCCAUCUGGCACCGCGGCGAUGGCAUACAGACGAGUUACCGAAUCAUCUCCGUUUUCCACACGGCUGCCGUUCGCUUACGACAGAGCGAGGGCGAAAGUGAGGGCCAACUUCUGCUCCCCAGCGGACGGGUACCGACAAGGCUCGACUGCGAUGCGUGGGCCACGGCCGUGGUGAGCGGCGCCGAUGAUCGGUCUAACCGGUGGCAGCACCUACUCGUCUUCACGGGUCUGCUGAUGGGCAUGACAAGGGCGCAGGAGACCACACGUGGCCUAUCGUGGGCUCUGCGGACCAAGCUCGAAGAAGCCAUCGUCAAGGCGGCUAACCUGGCCCUCGAGCGGCCAAUGCAAGACGGCCCCGUCGCCGCCGCCUCGAUAUCCGUAGCACUAGGCUUCGCGCUCCCCAUGCUUUCCGAAUUCCACCUCAACGCUAUCAAUUCCAAUGCUCUCCUCCCCAACGCGGUGUGGACCUUGACGGGGUCGGAGGGCUUCCAGGAGGGCCGCUUCCUCGAGAUGAUCAAUAGCGGUCUCUCGCGGCAGGGUGCCAUCAUCCACUGGCCUGCCACAUCGGCGUCGUUCCGCCACGUCCAGCAGCUCACGGCGAGCCCCGUCGUCACCGGUAUGGGCUCCACUGCGAAGCUCAUCAUGCACAGUAUGCAGCACGCGCAGGACUCUGGCGUGGUGCUUCAGGCCCUGGACACGCUGCUCGAGUUCUCUCGCGAGCUCCUCAGCCGGUGGCAGCGCUGCCAGCUCUCCGAGGUCGAGGUCAAGACCGAGGGUUAUCACUUUAGCGACGAGACAAUCCAGGCGACGUGGCCCGCGCUGUGGGAUCUACUCAAGAAGAGCCUCUUUGCCACAAUCGCCGCGUCCCAAGCCCUCAUGUCGCGAUGCCUCCUCGAUCCCCGCUUGCGCAACGAUCAGACCGCCCCCGUCGCUUACACAUUUACCUACCUCACCGCCAUCGAUGUCCUCUCCCGCUCUCCGCCCGCCACGAUUGCACUUCUCGGGGAGAUUCGGCCGGACGCGGAUGGGAUCAUCCCCACACACCCGGUCCACCGUACUCUCGACCUCUUCUACCUCGGCUUGGCGGAACACCUGCCGCUCGGCAUAUCAACCGACGCAUCCGAUCUCCUAAUCGCCCAACCAGCCACCGUGUACCUCUCACAAGUGCCUGACUCGUUCCUGAUGAGAGAGUUGUUUGAGUCGGCCCACAGCGCCGUCCUCUCUGUCCUCUCCUACCCGCAAAACAGCCCACUAGCGACGAAACUCGUGCCCUUCUACGUUGACCGGCUCUUCACCUCCUUCCCCACCCACAUCUCGCCCCGCCAGUUCCGCGUCGCCUUCCGGACAAUUACGCAAAUCGUCUCGCCGCCCUUCCCCGUGGCGGACACGAGCCCCGAGCUAGCCGAGGUCCUCCUUGAGAUGCUUCGCUUCCGCGCCGUCCACGCCGCGACCGUCCCGCUUCCUCCCGCCACCGACGCUAACCCGAACCUCGCCGCGGGUGCUAAGCCGGAGGCGGGCCCGUUUUCGGAACAGUCGACCCUCCUCCUCGCGCUAGUGGACUCGCUGCCCUUCCUCGCCCUCCCCAUCAUGGACGACUGGCUUACCCUGACAGCGGAGACGGUGGCUCAGAUCGCCGACCGGGAGCUGAGGCUGCCCGUACGCAACCGACUCUGGGAGGUACUCGAGAGCGGCGAGCUCGACGUUGGCAGGUCCUCCCUGGCGCUGUCGUGGUGGUAUUCGCGCGGCGGGAGGGAGUUGAUGCUCCGGGCGGCGGGACCACCUCAGGCCCCGGCGUACGUGAUGAGUGGGGCACUCGCCGCGGAUACCACCAAGGUGGAGGGUGGCGACCAGCCGAGGCUCUAA